UUUACGCCGAUAAGUGAUAACACGCCGGCAGGUCUUGUUCUCGGAUGACUGGUCUCUUCCUUAAGUAAAAUAAUAUUGUCUUAGUAGUUAGUUCAGCCUUUUCAAAAAACAAGUUCAUAAUACGUGUGUUGACGAUUAAUCAGACUCUAAAGACAGUAUCGCACGAUCGUGUUACUUACCGGCAAAUGUUAAAUGUUUAAAUUUUUGAUUCACAAACCCUUAAUACAAAACAGUUUUUGUAAAAAAAAAAGAGAACAGUAUUAUUCGGGAAAUUUAUUUUUGUUAUUAAAUAUUAAGUAAUAAGUGGCCAUCGAUAACAUUUUAUCAAAUAAUACAACAUUGAAUUAUAUAUAAUAUAUUAUACUGUUUUUUUAAAUUUUAUUUAUUUAUUUUAAAUGGAACCAGUUUUUUUUUAAAAAGAACUGAAUAACUAGUAAGUUGUUUCAUAACGUCUUUGUACUUACCACAAUACUAAUAAUCUUAAAGCAAAAUUAUUAUAAGUUAGCAAAACAAAAUAGAAAAACUAGAUUACUAAUUAUUUAUAAUGAAUAGUAUAAAUACAUACAAAAAUAUGUCAAACUUUACAUUACCUCAAAUAUAUUUUUCCAAUCAAACAAGUCGUUAUUCUUCAACUAAUUUUCAUAAUUCUUCCUCGCAAACAAUGAUGAACCAAUCAGCAAUACCACAAGUUCUUAGUGAUUCUAGAUGUCAAUCAAACGAUAUAUUAUGUGACCAUAGGCACAUAGACUUUCAAAAUUCAUUAAAAUUGAAAACUCAUUUUGAUACUUAUGCUGAUAAUAUCAGAAAUUUAGAUAAAAAUGAAUUCCAUCAAAACUGCAAGCAAGUAGAGAUACAGCAGACGUUUUAUAAACAUGAUACUAUAAGAUCGCAAGAUAAUGAACUAAAAGCAAGACUAUCUUUAGAUGCAUCUACAAUGACUGACCCAUUAACAACAGAAGAACUGGAAAGGCUUGGUCAAUGGGAAGGUUUCGCUGCAUUACACUCUGACAAUAGAGUUGCUGAAUACUUAACAAGUUUUAGAGAAUUUCUUAAGAUGUCUCCUCCACAAGAAGGAAAACGAAGAAAAGGCCUAGGUGAUGUAAAAAUAGUUACAUCCUCAGAUGGGUCACGAUUGUAUUGUUGUUCUGAAUGUUUAAUGGCUUAUUCUGAUAAAAAUUUGUUAGAGCAUCAUCUUGCCAACCAUAAAGUAGCACGGAGAUUUAUUUGCAAGGAAUGUGGAGCGGGCUUAAAACGUAAAGAACAUUUAGACAGGCAUCUACUUAGUCAUAGCAUUACAAGACCAUACACUUGUGAAGUUUGCUCCAAAACAUUCAAACGUAAUGAACAUUUGGUACGUCAUUAUGUAAUUCACUCUGGUGAAAAGACACACGUUUGUGUAGAAUGUGGGAAAGCAUUUUAUCGUCGUGAUCAUUUACAUAACCAUGUCCAGGGUCACGUUGCAAAAAGAUUAAACUCUAUCAUUCAUGCUGUUAUUUAAGUUAAAAAUAAGUAUUGUCCCUAGUAUUGUUAAAAAAAAAAAAAUUCUGCAUGUCAUUUAUACUCCUUGUCACUCGUGCGAUUCAUGGUUGACAUUAGUAUGUCUUAUGUCUGGGGGUCAAAAAAAAAAUUUGUGUAAUGAAAAUAUUGCAAUGUUUAUUGGUGCACUUCCCGUGGUGCUAAAAACUUGAACCAUAGUUUCCUUAUAAUGGUCUCAUGCAAAGUUUAAAUUUAGGAGUUGAAAUUCAUCCCCCUUCAUCCUUUGGGAUGAAGCCAUAAGACAUUGGCCUGCCAUAAGACAUAUUAAUGAUCUUAUGUUUUUCUCAAAAGGGAAAGAUUCGAUUCUUUUUUUAAUAUAUAUUAAUUGUGUAAAUAGGGCUAAUACCUAUGUUAAAUUAUUUGAUCAAUUGUUUUUAUAAAAUUCAUAAUAGUAUUAGUAAUAGUAGUUUCUUAAACUCUAUGAAAAUAUCUAUAUUUUUGUUUUUUUUUAGAAAAUUCUAAAUGCUAUUUGAUUAUUUAUUGUAAUAAGCAAUUAUCAUAAAAAUUAAAAGUAUCAGCUAGCUGUAUUUCUUGAAAUCGAGGGACAAAUUUCAUAUGUUCUAAGAAUAUAUUAUUUAUUUAGUUUAUGACUUAAUGUUCAAUAUUCUUUGUUUUGUUUUCAAAACAAUGUAGGUACUUAUAUAAAUUAUUGUUCGUUAUAGUAAAAUGAAUUAAGAUAAAAAUGUAUCUAAAAGUAUAAAUAGUUAUGUUAUGUAAAUCAUGAGUUUUACUUCCCCAAAUUAUGUCACUGAUUGCUUUAUUAUCAGUAAAUAUUUUAAAUUAUUUAUGUGCAAUUUUAACAAAUUAAUAUUUUCUAAGUAUAAGUACUUACCAUUUUUAUUCUAAUUGUGUUUUUUUUUUAAUGAUUCUAUGUAAGAACUUUAGAGGUAGACGGUGUACCAAUCAGCCAAAGAAUAAUAAUUGAAAUAGACACUAGUGGCCUUUUUGCAUGUGUAUACAUGAUGUAUAAUAUAUAUCAUGAUAUACAUAGAAUAUUGGAUUACUAUUUUUCCCAGUUCAGGGGCAGAAUAUAUAUAUCUUAAGCCAACCCAACUUGUAUGAAACAUUUAUUAUUAUACUUAUUCACUCAUUUAUUGUUAAUCUCAUUUAGUAUAAAAUAAAAAAUAAUGAAGGAUGGGCAAAAUACUAUAAUAUGUAUAGCAAAUUAUAAAUGUAUUAAAGCUUUUUCAUGGAUUGAAAUAGUAGAUUGAUCCACAUAAUAGCUCAUUAUGUUACCCAUUGUAAUUUAAUAUAUUAAUGUAAAACAAAUGUAAUUAAUUAUUAAUAUAUGAACCGAGAUGAAUGGUUGUAAUUAUACUUUAAGUUGAAAUAAGUGAAAAUAUUUUGUUUUGCUUAAAAAUAGAUGUUAGAUGAUUCUGUUUUACAUCAUUGAGAAGAAGCCCAAUGUACAUUACUUUUAUAUAUGAGCAUUGUGUAUUAAAUCGAUGUUAAUUUUCAACUA